AAUGAAUGGCCGGAGACUAUGCAUAUAUGUUGUCAAUCAACUAUCUGUGUUUUAACUGGUUAGAAUAAGUCCUUAUUUUCACCGACACUGUUGCUGUCAGCACCUGCCACUCAAGAUUCCCCCGCCCCGGUUCGUUCAGCCAAUCGGAACAUCUUUCCACUAGAUUGACUUGACUUUCAGCCAAUGGAAAGCUCCCUAAUCUAUGACAUUCCUUACAUCAACGUUUAUUCGGGCUGACUUCUCUUUCCGGCGCAGUGCUCUGGAUGCUGAUGCUGAGGACGCCUGUAUCCAGUAGAAUCAGUUGACCAAGGCUCGCCAAGAUGUUACAUUUCUUGAGGCUGCAGCAUUAUGUCUGCGUGUAUGUUUAUGUUUAUCUCGGCCUCCUACUUUUGUUUUUCACCGGCCUGCAGCAGGUAGACGCAGCUGCUGUAACGGAGAUGGCCAAUUUAAAUUGGAAACCGUUCAUUUACGGAGGGAUGGCCUCGAUUGUCGCAGAAUUCGGUACGUUUCCCAUCGACUGUACCAAGACGAGGCUACAGGUCCAGGGUCAGGCCCAGUACAUGGAGGUGCGCUACAAGGGGAUGUUCCAUGCCCUCUACAGGAUCGGCAAGGAGGAGGGCGUCAAGGCACUCUACUCAGGGAUUUCCCCGGCGCUGCUGAGACAAGCUUCAUACGGGACAAUCAAGAUCGGAACGUACAACACCCUCAAGAGACUGUUUGUCACCAAUCCCGAAGAUGAAACCAUGGUGAUCAACGUGUUCUGUGGGGUGGUUUCCGGAGUGCUGUCGUCCUCCAUGGCCAAUCCCACCGACGUCCUCAAGAUCCGCAUGCAGGCCCAGGGUAGCUUGCUCCAAGGCAGCAUGAUCUCCAACUUCGUCAACAUCUACAAGACGGAAGGCACCAGGGGGCUGUGGAGGGGGGUGAUUCCCACGGCCCAGCGGGCGGCCAUCGUCGUCGGGGUGGAACUCCCCGUCUACGACAUCACGAAGAAGCACCUCAUCAGCUCGGGCACGAUGGGAGACACCAUUUUGACGCACUUCAUCUCCAGCUUCACGUGCGGCCUGGCCGGGGCGGUGGCGUCCAACCCGGUGGACGUGGUGCGCACGCGCAUGAUGAACCAGCGCGCCCUGUCCGGAGGCCCCGCCUACAAGGGCACGCUGGACGGCGUGAUGCAGACGUGGAAGAACGAGGGGUUCUUCGCCCUCUACAAGGGCUUCUGGCCCAACUGGCUGAGGCUGGGGCCCUGGAACAUCAUCUUCUUCAUCACCUUCGAGAAGCUGAAGCAGAUGCCCUUGUAACGCCAGCCUGCGGUCGGACACUCCUUUUUAAACCAUGAAGCCUACAGUCUGCAAGGGCCGCUUAAGCAGGUGCCCUCGUAGAGCCGACCUGGGCGGGACUCUCCUUUUUAACCAUGAAGCGCGACUGUUUGUUAACGUGUUGGGUGCGUGUGUAAGGAGCAGAACCACUGGUAUGUUCCUGACAUACCCCCCACUUCACUCUCGAUAAACACC